AUGAUUUGAACAGGUUCACCGCCGCAAUUCAGUAAUUACUUUAUCUGACAGUCGUCAGUUAUGAAACGAGCAGCGGUGGUCUACACUACGAUGAAUUUUUUUCCAUUUUAAUGCCGUGUAAUUCUUGCCAGUUUUUCGCGUAACGUCGGCCCCGAAGGGUUGUGUGCUGUCUGCGAAUAUCGUUAAUGAUCAGUCGUAGCCAACAAUGCAAUAAGAAAAAGGCGAGCAGUACACGAUUAUAAUAAUUUUACUAUACCAAUUAGCUUACAACUGUAAGAGUAAUUAGUGAAGCAGAAGACAUUUCGCGUUUAAACUGUUAUAGCAUUUAUAGUAAAUACCGCGUAUCGUAGUUCGUGCAUUAUAGCUGACGACAGUUGGUGUUUUUUUUCUAUUUUUGGAAAUUUUCAAAUUUCGUAUAGUUCCUAUAGUAAAAUUGCGCCGUGUUUUUUUCUUUUUUUUAAAUUUUUACAUAAGUAAAUCUGUCAAUUUUUUUGCCAAUUUUAUCGAUGUUUGAAGUCAACACGAUGGAAAGAGUAGAAAAAAAUCACUUCAGAACGAGAAGAAGAAGAACGUGGUACCUGAGCCUGAGUGGCACAUCGACGAUGAUCUUAUUAAUCUUUAAUGUUAUAUGUUUAUCUACUAAAAUUACGCCAAUAUCUGCAGUUAACGAUGAAAUGACAGCCAUGCUUUAUUUAUCGCAUUACGGUUAUCUAAGUCCUCGCGUCAAGAAUCCGCACUCCGGUCAGCUUAUGUCGGAAGAAACUAUGUCUAGGGCUGUAACAGAAUUUCAAGCUUUCGCCGGUCUCAACUUGACAGGAUAUCUGGAUGAUGAAACCAUGCAUAUGAUGUCCAUGCCAAGAUGCGGUGUCCGGGAUAAAAUCGGUUACGGUGGACAUAGAAGUAAACGAUAUAUUUUACAAGGUAGUCGAUGGAAAACGAAAGACUUGACUUACAAGGUAUCAAAAUACACGAAACAAAUGUCCAAACCUAAAAUGGAUCAAACGGUCGAACGUGCUUUUGCCAUGUGGUCUGACGUAACGCCUUUACGAUUCCGUAAAGUAUCCAGCGGAUCGGCACAUAUUGAUAUAAGAUUUGAAACAUACGAUCACGGUGAUUCGGAUCCAUUCGAUGGACCAGGAGGUACUUUGGCGCAUGCGUAUUUCCCUGUCUAUGGUGGCGAUGUACAUUUCGACGAUUCAGAAAGAUGGACCAUUAACGUCGGCUCAGGUACGAAUUUCUUCCAAGUAGCCGUUCACGAAUUCGGACACGCGUUAGGUUUAUCGCAUUCGGACGUCAAAGGAGCAGUGAUGUAUCCGUUUUAUGGCGGCUACGAUCCGAAUUUCGAGUUACAUCCGGAUGAUGUCGAUGGUAUUCAAGCUCUAUAUGGGGCAAGUGAACGACCCAGCACGGACGAUGACGCCGAAGGAGCAGGCAGUGGUAAACCUACGUCAACUCUUAAGCCACCAAUAAUGACAACUCCUCCGCCAAACACCCCAUCGCCUCCUACAACAGACGGUGAUCCUGAAUUAUGUAAAGAUGGAUCCUUCGACACUAUAUUCAAUUCCAAAGAAGGUGUCUCUUACGUUUUUAAAGGUCAAAAUUACUGGAAACUAACCGAAGACGGAGUUGCAGCUGGUUAUCCUAAAUCUAUUGGGGGAAGUUGGGUCGGUCUGCCGGGCAACAUUGAUGCGGCUUUUACCUAUAAAAAUGGUAAAACUUAUUUCUUCAAGGGAUCUAAAUAUUGGAAAUACGACGGUAAAAAAGUGGACGGAGAAUAUCCCAAAGAUAUUAACGAAGGAUUCACCGGUAUCCCCGAUAAUAUUCAAGGAGCUAUGGUUUGGAGUGGUAAUGGAAAAAUAUACUUCUUCAAGGGCAGUAAAUUCUGGAAAUUCGAUCCGGCUCAAAAACCACCAGUUAAAAGCACCUAUCCUAAACCAAUCAGCAACUGGGAAGGAAUACCGGACGAUUUAGACGACGCUUUUCAAUACAGCAACGGUUACACGUACUUUUUCAAAGGAGGCAAAUACUACAGAUUUAACGAUAGAACAUUCGCAGUCGAUACUACAGAUCCGCCUUUCCCCCGAGAUGUCGGUUAUUGGUGGUUUGGAUGUAAAGCCCAAAGUAGAAGUAGUAAUGUAAAACAUAAAAAUAAUGACCAGGAAGAAAGUGCCAGUAAUUAUAGACCAACCUUACUUGACAUUAGGAGAGACCGUACAAUAAAUCAAACUGUCGACAUAACUGAUAUUAUUCUCGAUGCUGCUCGAAGACAAACAGGCGUACGCGGAUUCAGAUAAAUAAAUUGCUUGGUCAGUUUGCUUCGCAUAUUUGUGGUCAGCUUCUACCACUGCCUACUGUAAAACGCGCUGCUGUAGUAUCGGUCAUGCGGUUCUAAGAUAUUUUUGAAUGCUACUUUUCGAUUGUUGAUUUACUACCUACGUAUUUAAAACCAAACAAAGAAAACAAAAACGAUCUUAAUUCAUUUUGCCACAGAAAGCGAUACAGGAUCACGUCCUAGUGAUGUACUAUGAAUAUUACAACUUAGAAAAAUUCACCUACCAUUACGUCGUCAUCGUUACGCUGAACAUUUUGGUGGCGAGUCGUAUAUAUUCUUCGAGCAGCCAACGAGGAAAGUCAUCGGUGAUGAGCCAGACGAGUCAACUUUAAUUUGUAUACAAACAACGAUAAAUUGUGCCUAAAUAAAUUAACCUGAAUUCUUUUCAAAUUUAUCGUUGUUUAGUUCUUUAAAAAAGCAAAAAAACUUGGAUCGUGUUUAGUUUUUUUAAUCAAAACAUGAAACUGAUUUGUACCGAGUGUUUUAGACUGUUUUGCAUGUAUGAAAACUACGCGAUUUUGUCUUUUGUGUCCCAUAACGCCCGGAUCGACGAUACGAUUGAAUAAAAUAUCGUCGUAUUACGUAACAUAGUUUUUUUUUUUUUUUUUUUUUUUUUUUUACCAGUAUGUAUGUGUAAUAUUGUUCCUUGAUAAAGCCGAUUUUUAUUCAAACUUUUGUCGAUCCGUUGUUAUGUAUUAUUAUUAUCAUUAUAAUAUUAGGUACUCGUAAGUUGUCUACAACACUCGACAUAAAAUACCCAGUGUAUUUUAGGUACGUUAAACUUAAUAUAAUAACACGGUGCUCGUAUACAUAAUGUCAUUUUGUAUAUCGUGCACAGAUCUCAAAUUUUCCUAUAUUUGAUUCGACUUAUACUAUACUUCUAUUUCGUAUACAUGUAUAUAGUUUCUUUUUUCUUUUGAUAAGCGUACUAUUAACCAUUGAAUACGUAGUCGAUGAAAAAAAAAACUUUGAUUACCAUUUACAGGAUAGUAUAUGUUUAUGAAAAUUAGACUAUAUCUAUAAUUUGUGUACGCGUAUUUAUACUACGAUCGAAUAUGUUCGAUUAUAUGAAAUUUUUUUUUCAAUAAUGUCGAUAAAUACAAAUGAUAAAAUGAUGUUAUCUUAGCUUAUUUUUUUGUACGAUAUUGCUAUUUGUUUUUUGUAUAAUCGCUAAAAAGAAAAAAAAAGGCUGUUAUCGUAAGUUUUUAUUACAGAAAUAUUUUGUA